AUGACACACGCCCGCACUUGGCUGCCCUGCUUACUGCCUCAGAUUCUGUUCCAAUUUUGGCUUGCCAGUGUGCUGCAGAGAGUAUCCACCGUGGUUUCCUCUCUCAAACUCAAACUGGAGCAGCCGGUUAUAUUCUCCAUUCCUAGUUUCAAAGUUAAAGUUUGUCACUCCCUACUUGAUUUAGGCCCAGAUGCCACUAAGGAUCCAUGCCUGAGGGUUCGCUGUCCUCCUCACAAGGUCUGCGUCAGCCAGGACUUCCAAACUGCCAUCUGCACCAAUCACAAGCAACCAGCCCACAGUGUGAAAGCCAGGAAAGGCAGCGUAGGCCACAAGCACGGGCUUGAAGCUGGAGCUCAUGGGAAGUGUAAGGUGUGCUCAGCCCUUCAGUCUUCUCCUGUAUGUGGCUCUGAUGGACACACCUACUCCUCCAAGUGCAAGUUGGAGUUCCAGAGCUGCUUAUCCGGGAAGACAAUCUCUAUUAGGUGUGAUGGACUGUGCCCCUGCUUGCCUGGCCAUGAGCUCCACAAACCCCCACACAAUGCAGAGAAGGCUGCUUGCAGUGAUGCCGAGCUCCACAGUCUGGCUGCCAGACUGAAGGACUGGUUUGGAGUUCUCCACCUUGAUGCCAACAGAGACCUCAAAUCCUCUGACAGCUCUGACUCCACCACUGGACACUUUGACACCAGCAUCUUGCCCAUUUGUAAGGACUCCCUGGGCUGGAUGUUCAACAAACUGGACAUGAACUUUGACCUCCUGCUGGACCAAUCUGAGCUGAGUGCCAUCUACUUGGACAAGUAUGAGCUGUGCAUGAAGCCCCUUUUCAACUCCUGUGACUCCUUCAAGGAUGGCAAGCUUUCUAACAAUGAGUGGUGCUACUGUUUCCAGAAACCUGAGGGACUGCCUUGUCAAACAGAGAAGAGCAGGAUCCAGAGUCGAAGAAAGAGCCUCAUAGGCUCUUACAUUCCUCGCUGUACUGAGGAGGGCUACUACAAACCAACCCAGUGUCAUGGCAGCACUGGCCAAUGUUGGUGUGUGGACAAAUAUGGCAAUGAGAUUGCUGGCUCCAGAAAACAGGGCAACCCCAACUGCGACGAAGACCAGGAGACAUCAGGGGAUUUUGGCAGUGGUGGUGCAGUCAUUCUCCUUGAUGACCAGGAGGAAGUGCCAUCACAGAAUGGACGGAGUGGACGGCAGAAGAAGAGAAGGGGCCGAAUUCAUCCCCGAGGCACCAUUGAGGAUGAUGAAGAUGAGGAAGAAUACAAGGAUGAUGAAACUGGUUACAUUUGGUAGCUCUGCUUCAUUUUACUUUGCCAUCAGCUGACCAGGAAACUCCGUAAACUCGGCACAGAUCUGAAGCCAUUCCAAUGUCUCUUCCACCAGUUACCUUGGCAGUAGUCCAUCCUUUGACUCCUGAACCUGCUCUUGUAAUCCCUACCCUUCAUUGAAAUCUCUCUCUUCAGUGAACCUUCAUACCUUCAGACUCGCUCAGUGUCAAGUCGUUUGCUCUUUCCUCAGACAGGAAGAAUGAGCCUGUUAGAUUUCUGCUCAGUCUGUCCACAUUCUGCUUGUACUUCCCCCAAACAAAAUUCAGCCUGGACCCUUCAAACAUGGACACCCCUCCAUUAUCUUUUCAACUCUCUGUCUCUGUCCUUUCUUUCCUACUGCUGAAUGUCAAUAUCAGUGUCUGGUCAGUCUGUCAGCCCAGAUGCAUUAGCUUGAUGUAUUGGAUGUAAAUAUGUUUCCUUGAAGGAGGCUUGAUUGUGGAUUCCCUUCUCUGUUAAUCCAGCAGAGGCCCAUUCUUAUGUUAUGUAUCCCACCACUGGUCUCCUUUCCAGUAUCCAUGCAUCUUUCUGCAGAAUGCUGCCAUAGUUUCAGGCUCUGAGAUGCUCCCUCUGUUAUUCCAUGGAGGAUUGUAAAUUUACUAAUUGUUGAUCUUGAACGUCCCAGAAAGUCCAGGAAGCACUGAAAUUAAUGAUGUAUUGUCGUUGUUGUUGCAUGUUUCUCAUCGUGUAUCUGUAAAAGAGAGAUUUACCUGGCCAGGUCCAGCUCUAUGCAUCUCAAAUCAGAAAGUGAUGCCUAUUUGGCUGCUACAAUACUUGUUGCUAUGUUGAUGCUGUCUAGUGUCCUUUUGGUUCUUCUCCCAAUCUCAGGAGGUAGCAAGUUGCAUUGAAGUGAGAUAGUAGGAUAGAAAAAGCUAACUGCAUGGCCUACAGUGCAAAUCUGUGGCAACCCAGCCAGCUGUUCUUUUGCUAAUUGGUCAGUAAAGCUACUGAGGCCUUUUGACUGUGCACGGACACUAGAGGAGGAUGCUGCUCCUGAGCUGGGAGGACAUGAGACGUCCAGCAGAGACGAGGCUCUGCUCUGCCUCCCGACAUUGGAUAUGUUCAGUGAUUUGAAAUUGAAAUCUUUACCAUGUCGACUACGUGAACUUUUAUUUGUAACUUUGAAAAUUUAAGUAAAGUGGCACUUUGAGUGUCUUUUGAACCUUACA